AUGUGCUGGUGGGCGCCGCUCCUGUCCUUGGACACCGUGGGGCUGAGGGGCAGCGAGUGCUGCCGGCGCUUCGGUGGCAGCACCAUGGGGACAUGUGGGGACACGGCCUCGCUGCGGCCGGUGCGGGAGCGACGGGAAGGGCAGGGGGGGGGUCCCCCUGCCCCGCUCCGGGAAUGCUCCGGCCGGGAAGCGCGGCGGCAGGCGCCCUUGGGGCUGGGCUGCUGGGGUCCCGAGUGUGCAGAGCGCCGGGGGCUGCAGGCGCGGGAGCUGUCGCUGCACGAGCGGAUCAACAAGGCCGAGAAGCUGGACAGGCCGGAGAGCUGCGAUAAUGUGAAGGUUGUUGUGCGCUGCCGGCCCCUGAACGAGCGCGAGAAGGCGACGGGCUACAAAAUGGCAGUCAACGUGGAUGAGAUGAGAGGAACUAUCACUGUGCACAAAACGGACUCGUCCAACGAGCCCCCCAAGACCUUUACAUUUGACACUGUUUUUGGACCAGAGAGUAAACAACUGGAUGUCUAUAACUUAACUGCAAGGCCUAUUAUUGACUCUGUCCUGGAAGGGUACAACGGUACUAUUUUUGCAUAUGGGCAGACUGGCACAGGGAAAACUUUCACUAUGGAAGGGGUCCGAGCAGUUCCUGAGCUUAGAGGAAUUAUUCCCAACUCCUUUGCCCACAUAUUUGGUCACAUUGCCAAGGCAGAGGGGGAUACAAGGUUUUUGGUCCGUGUGUCUUACCUGGAAAUUUACAAUGAAGAAGUACGAGAUCUGCUAGGAAAAGACCAGACCCAAAGGCUAGAGGUUAAAGAGAGACCUGAUGUGGGAGUUUAUAUCAAAGACCUAUCAGCCUAUGUCGUAAACAAUGCAGAUGAUAUGGACAGAAUCAUGACUCUGGGCCACAAAAACCGUUCUGUUGGUGCCACGAACAUGAACGAGCACAGCUCCCGCUCGCACGCCAUCUUCACCAUCACCAUCGAGUGCAGCGAGAAGGGGGUCGAUGGCAACAUGCACGUUCGCAUGGGCAAGCUGCACCUCGUGGACCUCGCCGGCUCUGAAAGGCAGGCAAAAACUGGAGCCACAGGACAGCGAUUGAAGGAAGCUACCAAGAUCAACCUGCCCAGCCCCUGCCAGCAUCGGGGCUCAAGCUGUGCUCUGACAGGAAAGAGGAAUUUGUCAUGAAAACAGCCUGACAUUCAUUUAUUUAUUUCAGAGCUCUUCCCAGAAAGUUUGGGAAUGAAUGGCACUGAGACUAGCAGGUGUGCGAACAUCGGCCCCGCAGACUACAACUAUGACGAGACCAUCAGCACCCUCAGGUACGCAAACCGAGCCAAGAACAUCAAAAACAAGGCCAGAAUUAACGAAGACCCCAAAGAUGCUCUGCUCCGCCAGUUCCAGAAGGAAAUUGAGGAGCUUAAAAAGAAACUGGAAGAAGGAGAAGAGAUUUCUGGCUCUGAGACCAGUGAUUCUGAAGAAGAGGAUGACGAUGAUGAUGGGGAGAUUGGAGAGGAUGGAGAAAAGCGGAAGAAGCGACGCGGCAGUAGCAGCAGCAGUAGUUCAGACUCCACAUGCUCUGUCAUAGAGAAACCUCUGGAUAAGUCCUUCACUAAUCAAGCAGGCAAAAAGAAAGUUUCCCCUGAUAAGAUGGUAGAGAUGCAAGCAAAGAUUGAAGAGGAGAGAAAAGCUCUUGAAACCAAGCUUGAUAUGGAAGAAGAAGAAAGAAAUAAAGCCAGAGCUGAACUGGAGAAGAGAGAGAAAGAUUUGCUUAAAGCUCAGCAAGAGCACCAGUCCCUGUUGGAGAAACUGUCUGCACUGGAGAAGAAGGUGAUUGUAGGAGGUGUGGACUUACUGGCAAAAGCAGAGGAACAGGAGAAACUGCUAGAAGAAUCAAACAUGGAGCUGGAAGAACGAAGGAAGAGAGCAGAGCAGCUUCGCAAGGAGCUCGAGGAGAAGGAGCAAGAACGCUUGGACAUAGAGGAGAAGUACACCAGCCUUCAGGAAGAAGCACAGGGGAAAACUAAAAAGCUGAAGAAAGUUUGGACCAUGCUUAUGGCUGCAAAAUCAGAGAUGGCAGACUUGCAGCAAGAACAUCAGAGAGAAAUCGAAGGAUUACUGGAAAAUAUUCGGCAGCUGAGCAGGGAACUCCGUCUUCAGAUGCUUAUCAUAGACAACUUCAUUCCUCAGGACUACCAGGAAAUGAUUGAAAACUAUGUUCACUGGAACGAAGACAUUGGGGAAUGGCAGCUGAAAUGUGUUGCAUAUACAGGAAACAACAUGAGGAAACAAACUCCUGUUCUGGAUAAAAAGGAAAAAGAUCCCUUUGAAGUGGACCUUUCCCAUGUUUACCUAGCUUACACAGAAGAAAGCCUGAGACAAUCUUUGCUGAAGCUGGAGAGACCAAGGACUUCAAAAGGAAGAUCCAGGCCAAAAACUGGGAGAAGAAAACGAUCUGCAAAGCCAGGAGCUGUUAUUGACUCUCUGCUGCAGUAGGCGUGAUGGAUUCAGAAUUGCUGUAAAAAUCAGUGAAUGGAUAAGGCUUGGCCAGAAUAUGGAACCCAACAGAGCAGGCCCAGUUUGUCCAAGUGGCUAUGAAAUCCAUGCCUUACUGGUAUGGAGCUUUAUUUAAAAAAAAAAAAAUCCUUAGUUGCUUAUAUACUGUAUGUUAUAUUAACAUAAUGUUUAACUGGUAUAUACGGUAAUUGUGAAAUUCUGUGCUAAACAAUUUUGUGUUGUGCAGGGAAACUGUUGUUGGCAAUCCUUGUUGAAGUGUAUAGAAAGCAGGUUCUAGAUGUGUGUGUAAGUGCUAGACAUGCUAGCCCAAAGUGGUUGGUUAAAAUUUAAA